UAUAUAAAGAGUAAAAUUUCGGUUGAAGUGAAAUCAAUUCAAUUUUUAUUUGUCAAUUGGUUUACAAAUCUUAUCAAAUACCAAAUAUGCUGUCAUUAAUGGAUCAAUUGAAUGACACAAAUGGUUUUACAUUAAUAUCGAUCCGAAAUCAAAGGAGUGUAGCAUUGAAUUCAACGACCAGUAAGUCAUCGCAUGAAGAAAGUGGUGGCAUUUUGGGGAUCAGUUAUGUGACACUAGCAAUGGUCUUCAUAUUAGUUAUACUAUUAGUCUGUGCAUUGGGUUUGGUUUAUUGGUUGACUAUCGCUAAAAAAUCGGCGUCAAAACAUAAAGUGCAUGAAAAGAGCAUAAAUGAUGAACUGGUGGGCAAACUGGACCCAAAYCUCCGUUGGGAAAUGCAAGUCGGAUCGUUUGAGUCCGAUGUCAACCUACCGGCUAAACUCAAUAUACCUACCAGUCCUAAGAAGAGCUCAAUACCAAAGAGUCCCAAAAAGAAUGGGCCAUAAAAACAGAUUCCUUCCUAUAAAUGAUUUCUAUAAAUAUUGGUAACUAU